AUGGUUGACGCCGACGAAUGGGACAAAUGGAAUAAGGUCUACCUCCCCGAGCUUUUCACGUUCCCCGAAGACGCGGAGAAACAAAAGAACACGUGCAAGCCACUUGGGCUGUGGAACAUGUUUCCAACAAGCAGUACGUGUUCAAUUCCUUUUCUUCCUUUUGGGCUUGCUGUUGAUACUGACGCAUCGGACACCGCAGAGAAGAACCGCCUACGCUUCAUCGGGUACGUCUCUCCGGGCGCGACGAUCGAGAACACGGUGAUUUUCGCCAAGGUGAAGGGCCAUCUACACAUGACCCAAGAAUUGCUUCCGCCGGCCCUUAUCGACACUGGUAAGGUGCAUCUCGCGCAGUGUGCGGAGCGGGGGACCGAGGCCAACAAACAGAUUGGCAAAAUGGGUGCUGCGGAUUGGGGUUUUGUGAACUCCCUUCCAGGCUACGGAAUGGGGGAAUAUAAGGGGGAGAAGCGCUAGUUAGGAGGAAUCAGUUGUUAGGGGACGACAGGUGAGGGUACGUGGGGAUCAAAAGGGAGGCUUCAG